CAUUUGCGAAGAAGACAAAACAAAGCACAAAAAAGAAACGAGAAGAACAAGUAGUGUGAAAAUCUUACACCCGUUUAUUUAACGGCCAAAAUAAAAUAAAAUAUUACUCUAAAUUUAUAAAUAGGUCUAAAAACGUAGAAUUAGUAUAGAAAUAAAGAUUUGAAAGUUGGUAGUGUAUGAAAAAGGCGCGAUCUAAUGUCAAUAACCCUAUUAAGAGGUGGAAAGCAAAAGACGAAAUCUUAUGUAGGAAUGACCGUGAUGGCCAAAACUUCAAUAGCGGAAAUAUGUGAGAAUGCAAAGCUGGCGCGCGACAUGGCGUAUACCGGCAACUAUGAUUCGGCCUGCAUCUACUACGAAGGGCUGGGCGGCAUGCUGGAUCGCAUGGUUAAAUCGACAACUGAUUCACUGCGUAAGAGCAAAUGGAGAUUGAUCGCCCAGCAGAUAGAAAAAGAAUACUCCCAAAUUAAAGCCAUACAACGAACGCUUUCCGAAAUGACUUUAGAUUUGCAGAAUACACCGUUUGCACACAAACUGAAAACUCAAAUUAGUGAAGAUGAAACAAAAGACCCAGCCGCAUGGUUUCGGCCUGAUCCGGAUAUUUGGACACCGCCACCGAGAGAUCCGGAUGUAUGGGGGCCUCCACGUUCAGAAAAUUACCAUAGGCCUGCCGUACCCAGUCGUAGUCGAAGCAGUAUACCCAAUAAGAAGCUCACCGGUGGUGUAGGAAAAAGCACAAUACCCCAGCGCAAUAACAAUAGCGGUGCCGCAAAUAGACGCACUAUAGCUGGAAGUGUUGGAAGCACCACACGGGGUGGUAACUCAACGCAGCAAAAUGGACGCUCUACGUCUUCAACAUCCAGCAGAAAAGCACCACACUCAAACAAUGGCAAUAAUGGCAAUCCGUAUGCCGGAGUUGACAAUGGCGGCUCCAAAGACGAGGAAAAUCGGGAUGAGGAAACAGCGGAUAGCGAAGAUAAGGAAGAAAAGAAAUUUCAACCUAGCUCGCACAUGGAAGCUGAACUAGUGGAUAUUUUAGAGCGUGAUAUUCUACAGCGAAACCCAAAGGUGCGUUGGAACGAUAUAGCCGAUUUGCAAGAUGCUAAACGCUUGCUGGAGGAAGCAGUUGUGUUGCCGAUGCUAAUGCCUGACUAUUUUAAGGUGUGUAUAGAAAAACUAAAAGGCUGAGUAAUUCAUUUGAAAUAAUAUUAACUUGAGACGAAAGUUUACGUGCUUUUGUUAGAAAUAGCGGCCAACAUAGAAUACCUAAACAUUUAAAAUAAGUAAAAAUAUAAACGGUAUGGCUGUUGAAUAGGUUUUGAUUUAUAUUUUGGUUGUAUGACAUAAUUAAGCGGCUUUGAAUACUUUAAUACACGUUUUAGGAAUAGUAAACAUCUAUUUAAAUUUCUAUGACUCAUAACUGUUCUGCGUGUAUCGAAAUAAUGCUUUGUUGUAAUCUAUUUUGUAACCGACUUCAAGAAAAGGAGGAGGUUAUCAAUUCGUCGGAAUACUUUUUUUGUUUAUAUAUAUUUGUUAAC